AUGCCUUCUAGCAUUCCUGACAUCAUUCCAUUAAACAUUAAGAGAAAUUCUUCGCUUUCUCCACAAAGAGAGAAUCUAUCUCCUAUAACUCUCAAAAAGAGUAUAGGUUUGUCUAGUGGAGUGGCUAUGAUAGUAGGAACAGUUAUUGGUUCAGGAAUAUUUGUAUCACCGUCAGGCGUAGUCAAGGAAACAGGGUCAUCGGGUUCUGCCUUGAUUGUGUGGGCAGCAGCGGGCUUGUUUUGUGGCAUAGGUGCGAAAUGUUAUGCAGAGCUGGGCACAAGCAUCCUUAGAUCAGGUGGAGACUAUGCAUAUUCUCAGGAGGCCUUUGGAUCAUUGCCCGCCUUUCUAUAUUUAUGGUCAGCCCUGCUCGUUAUCAUCCCUGCUGGAAACGCUAUCAUUGCUUUAACAUUCGCUAAUUAUUUGGUGAGACCUUUUAUUUCUGAUGCUUUUGAGGAUUGCGCGACCCCUCACAGAAUUGGAGUCAUUCUAAUUUCUAUUUCUAGCAUAGGUUUAUUAACGUUCAUAAACUGUUAUAACGUGAGAUGGGCAACUCGAUUGCAGAAUAUUUUAACAAUGGCUAAGUUGGGUGCAUUGGCUUUUAUUAUGACUCUCGGACUUCUAAAUAUCUCCAAAGGUAAAUAUGAAUAUCUAAAAAUUUCGACGUUAUUUAAAGGAACAACUGUUGACAUCGGAAAACUAUCUUUGUCCUUCUAUUCCGCCUUCUUUUCAUAUUCCGGAUGGAAUUAUUUAAAUUUUGCUCUUGAAGAAAUCAAUAACCCAUACAAGAAUUUGCCUAGAGCAAUUAACAUAUCCAUACCUCUGAUUACUAUAGUUUAUUUGUUGACAAAUAUUUCAUAUUUCACCGUUCUAUCGCCCUUUGAGAUGGAGACUUCCAAAGCAGUGGCAGUCACUUUCGCUAAAAACUCACCUGGAAGUUUGACUUGGAUUAUUCAACUUUUUGUAUCUGCUUCUACGUUAGGAAGCCUGAAUGGUUGUCUUUUUACUUCUUCCAGAUUAUUCUUUGUAGGAGCUCGAGCUCGUCAUUUACCAGAAUGUGUGGCAAUGAUUAAUAUAAACAAAUUUAGCCCUAUUCCAGCUAUACUAUUUACGGCUUUGAUGUCAAUAUUGAUGUGCAUAUUUGAGGAUAUUUUAGCACUCAUAAACUAUUUGAGUUUUGUGGAAUCGGUAUUUGUAGGCUUUUCGGUUGCAGCUCUCUUAUGGUUAAGAUUUAAAAAUCCUGAGAUGUAUCGACCUAUCAAAGUCAAUCUUAUUUUACCCGUAUUAUUCUUCUUAAUGUGCAUAUUCUUGGUACUUCUCCCUCUUGUAACUAGUCCAGAAAUUUGUGGUAUUGGACUCUUAAUGAUCUUAGCCGGUAUUCCCAUAUAUUAUUGCACUAUUGAGUUUAAGAAAAUGCCAAAAUGGAUUAAAAAUAUCUUUAACAGUAAUUAA